CAUUGGGAACUCAACCGAAGCCAGUCGAAUAUUUUCUACUCCUGCAGAAUAUUUUCUGAUUUAAAAAAAACGUCGCGAAAGUGUAAACUUCUGCAAAAGUCGUGAAGGUCUAAGUGAUUCCAAAAGUCGCGAAGGUCUAUAAGAUUUGAAAAUUCGCAAGUUUCAGGCUCUGGACAUAAUCAUUCUCCUGUGGAUAUUAUCCGAAUAAGUCGAUUGAUUUUUGUGCCCUUCUCGAAACGUCAAUAAAAAAAGAAAUCAUGCCCGGAACAAACUGCAAGGAAGCUGAAAACGUUCGCGACGUGCUUGGAUUGUCCAAAACUUCGAAACAUUCGGGACGUACUGAAGCAGAGAUCGUCGAGGACAAACUAAAGGACAUCAAGUCUCACAAGGAACAAUAUAACGAGAUGGCUGGCGACCUGGCCAAUCUUGUGACUCCGGUGAAUGUGAAAACCAUGACUAAAAACCCUAAAACCAAUGAGGUGAAGCCACAGAUGGAGGAGAAGGUUGAUGAGGAGAAGCCUUCUACAAGCUCUGCUGCUAAUAUGAACUCCAUGGGAACCAUGAUCGCAAUGCAAACUGAUGUUGCCGAGCCGCAGCAGUGGGCUGAGGUUGGCAAAAUGUUCCCUGAUGAGGGGGGACUUUUCGUGAACGAGGAUACCACCGUCGACGAGGGCCUUGUCUUGAGCGAUGAUCUUGCGGAAAUUGAAAUACAAUUGAUGGCCAGGAAGAUCGAAGAAUCUUUGUCGGAGGCAUCCGAAGCCAAAGUACCUAGGGAGGAUGAUAUUGGAGAGGAAGGAAUUUCGGUUGAGCCGGAAAAUGCUGAUCCUAACACUGAGCAGCCAUUGGUGGAGAAUGUCGUCAACUUGGCUAAUCUACACAUGCCUGAUCUUAAUGAUUAACUCUUUGAAGUCUAAGAAAACAUGCAUAGCUUAUUUUAAAUAAAGGAUUAAAUGUAUUCUAA